AUGGCCUCUGUCUCGUGCACGCGGAGGCCGUGUCGCCGCACGCGCUCAGUGGCGCUGCUCGCAGGGGUCGCUCUGCUGCUACUCGUGCAGACGCUCGCGCUGUGGAGACUGGAGCCGAGCUCCAGCCGCGAGAGGAGGGAGGCGCGAGGAGCAGGAGGAGGAGGUGAAGCAAGAGGAGGAGAGGAGCUGUUGAGAAGGAGGCUGCAGCGCAAAGACACGCGCACGCCGCGACCACCUCAAGUGAAGCCCGCCUCGAGGAGCCACAUGCACGCGGACUCGUAUCACUCCCAUCGACCCAAAGAGAAAGUUCCCUCUGAGAGCAACAACAACGAAAACUCUGUUCCCAAAGACUUUGAGAGCGACGGCACCAGCGACCAGGGACCGCGCUCCAGACCCAGACCUGGCCAGGUGCAGAGCAAGAAGGGCAAGACCGUCAACCAGGUCCUCAAGGCUCAGGAGGAGCUCAAAGCUCAGGAGGUCCUCAAGGUUCAGGAGGUCCUCAAGGUUCAGGAGGUCCUCAAGGUUCAUGAGGUCCAGGCCAAAGUGGUGCGACCCGUCCUUAAGAAGACUCACCCAGCAGCGGUGAAUGCCUCUGUGGUUGCGGUGGUGGAGCAGGGGGGGAAGGGUGAACCUGCCGUGACCAGGAGGGAGCAGCAGUGUGAGGUCAGUGGGAAAGAGGCCAUCUCCGCUCUGUCCCGCGCUCGCAGCCGAGAGUGUCGCCAGAAGAUUGUGGAGGUCUACUGCAAACAUAAGGAGAGAGCUCUGAUGCCAGAGAGAGUCCCACGCUUCUGCCCUGUGGAGGGUAAAGUGAGUGUGCCCGUUCACUGGGAUGAGGUAGCAGAUCUGGCGACCUCGGAUCCGGUCAGAAUCGCCUUUGUGCUGGUAGUUCAUGGCCGAGCGUCCAGACAGUUCUACCGGCUCUUUAAGGCCAUCUACCACACCUCCCACUUCUACUACAUCCACGUGGACCAGAGGUCAGAAUUUCUCCACUCCCAGGUGCUCCUGUUAGCAGCGCAGUACCCUAACGUGAGAGUGACCCCAUGGCGUAUGGCGACCAUUUGGGGUGGGGCCAGUCUGCUGACCAUGUACCUGCGCAGUAUGGAAGACCUGCUCAAGAUGGCCGACUGGGACUGGGACUUCUUCAUCAACCUGAGCGCGGCAGACUAUCCAAUCAGGACAAAUGAGCAGCUGGUGGGAUUUCUGUCCAAAUACAGAAACAUGAACUUCAUCAAGUCACACGGCCGAGACACUGCACGCUUCAUCCGUAAGCAGGGCCUGGACCGUCUCUUCCUCGAGUGUGACACCCACAUGUGGCGGCUGGGGGACCGGCGGAUCCCUGAGGGUGUGGCUGUGGACGGAGGCUCUGAUUGGUUCUUGCUGAACAGACGCUUCGUGGACUAUGUGGUGAAUGCGGAGGACGCCCUAGUUACCAGCAUGAAGCGUUUCUAUGGUUACACACUACUGCCGGCCGAGUCGUUCUUCCACACGGUGCUGCAGAACAGCGCCCUCUGUGGAACAAUGGUGGAUAACAACCUGCGUGUGACCAACUGGAACAGGAAGCUCGGCUGUAAGUGUCAGUACAAACACAUCGUGGACUGGUGCGGCUGCUCCCCCAACGACUACACACCCACCGACCUGCCACGCCUACAGUCUCCUCAGCAGCCGUCACGUCCCGCCUUCUUCGCCCGCAAGUUUGAGGCGUGUGUGAGUAACGAGGUGGUGUCUGCUCUGGACGCGCACCUGUUCGGACCCCUCCCCUCUGGGACCCCCGGCCUCAGCUCUUACUGGGAGAGUGUGUGGGACCAGGCCACUGAUGGUCCGACCAGUCUGAGCGACACCAUGCUCACCCACUACCACGCAUUCACACGCAUGGGCCUGAAAAGGGCAUCAGAGGCACUCCAGGGACCACCCCAGGACCACAGCUGCAGCUUUGCGGCGGUGAACCACCCGGUGGCGGUGUUCUUGUACUUCCUGUCGGACCAGUUCCAGGGUUAUCUGGUCCAGCACCAGGUCCUGAACCAAGGAUCCGCCCAGACCGAGACCCUGGAGACCUGGGUGUCCCCCAAAGACCACUACACUGUUCCCAGGCCAGCUCCCAAUGUGAGCCGGCUGCAGCAUCUGGAGGUGGGCACAGACUGGGACCCUAAAGAGCGUCUCUUUAGGACCUGGGGGGGCAUGCUGGGCCCGUUGGACCAGCCGGUGGCGGUGCAGCGGUGGAGUCGUGCUCAGUCCAACCUGACGGCGACCGUGGUAUGGAUUGAUCCCACCAACGUGAUCGCCGCCACCUAUGACGUCCUGGUGGAGGCCAGCGCCGAGGUGACUCACUACCGCCCCCCUCUGGCCACGCCCCUGCGGCCCGGGCGCUGGAGGCUCAGGGUCCUGCUCCACUGGAACACACUGGGACAGACCAGCUUCACCGUGGCACCAGCUGAGUUCUACCAGCAACAGCCCAUACAGAGAGAGGGCACCCUGCGCCUCCACUCGGGGCCACUGAGGAACUCGUACAUGGAGCAGAGUUUCCAUGGUCUGAACCCGGUGCUCCGUUUGCCCGUGAGCCUGCGAUCUGUGGAGGAGGCGGAGUCUAACAGCGGCCUGGUGGGGGCACCGCUGCGUCAGUGGAUCGAUUCUCUGCUGCAGAGUCAGUGGGGGGCCUCCUCCGUUUGCUCCAAGGGCCCCAGCUCCUGCAGCGUCAUGGCGACCUGUCACCUGACCUCCUGGAGCUCUGCCAGUCCUGACCCCAAAUCUGAGCUGAGGCCGCCGUCCAAAACCGGGCGCAUCAGGUGA